AUGGCCGGUGUCAAUGAAUGGGAUAAUGAAUAUGCACGCCUUGCACGAGCGGCGUCGCAGCUCCGCACGCAAGGACUGGUGAGCGGCGGAGACCAGCAACGAUCUUUGCAACAAGGCUUGCAGCGUCUGGAAGCCCAGCUUCAUACUCUCCCUCUUCCACCUGCGGAAAUGGAACGACGACGAAGAUUGGUGCAACACUUACAGCAGUCCGGUUCUCAACCCGGAACUCCGGCAGGAAGCACCAUUGGAGGAUCCGGCAUUGGUUCGCCGCCUCAGUCGCAAAUGGCCAUGGCUAUGCGUCAACAAGAUGGAUUGAUUGAUGAGCUCGCCGCGGGAGUGUCUCGCCUGAAGAAUCAAACCCACCUCAUCGGUGAAGAAGCCAAUAUGCACGUCAAUUUGAUGAAUGAUAUGGAAAAUAAUUUGGAAGCAGCCCAAGCGGGACUUGAGAGUGAAACUCGUCGGGCCGCGCAACUAAAGCAAGAUCAAAGUGUCUGGCGCUUGCAGCUCAUUGUGGCGGGAGAGUGCGUCUUGUUUGUCCUGCUAAUUUUGAUGGGAAUUUCGUAG